GAAAGCUGCUGUGUGUGUGUGUGUAUUUCCCCCAGUAGUGUUGAAGUAGGACACGCAGUAGCGCUGCUGCCAGGUACCACGACUGAGAGACAACACAAGGGGAAAUUACAGAAGAGGACAACGUUUUUUUUUGUUUCUUCUAGGAAAGAUGACCUGGCUGGUCAAUCAGUGGAGCAUGAGAUUGUGCUGACAGGCCGUUCGGCAGUGUUUCUACCUGAGCGCGAGUGGAGGAGAGCAGCAGAUCCACAGUCAGUGGAGGACGAGCUCAGCGGAGGAAUGGGUGUUGGGAAAAACACCACUUCCAAAUCCAUGGACUCCACCACAGAGCCUGGCAAAUACGAGGAGGAGAACAAACACAGCGCACACUUCUAUCCCAUCCCUGUGGUUAAUGGUGUCGUGCAGACCCCUGGAGAUCAAGAUGCCGAAGACACGCAACUCAUGGCUAUUUAUGCAAAAGACAGUCAGACGGAGGACAAGUGCUCCAUAUCAGACACUGUGGACAGUGCAGACAGCAUCGACGCCGGGAGGAUAGACAUGAUAUACACCAUAGAGGACACACCACCUUGGUAUUUGUGUGUGUUCCUGGGUUUACAGCAUUAUCUUACCUGCUUCAGUGGAACUAUCGCUGUGCCCUUUCUACUGGCUGAAGCCAUGUGUGUGGGAUUUGACCAAUGGGCAACCAGUCAGCUAAUCGGCACCAUUUUCUUUUGCGUAGGCAUCACCACUCUGCUACAGACUACUUUUGGCUGCCGGCUUCCGUUGUUCCAAGCCAGUGCUUUUGCUUUUCUCGCUCCUGCAAGAGCCAUUCUUUCACUGGAGAAAUGGAAGUGUAAUGCGACAGCUACUCCGUUUUUAAAUGGCACAGAGCUGCCUCACACAGAGGACAUCUGGUACCCCAGGAUACGAGAGAUCCAGGGCGCAAUAAUAGUGUCGUCUCUAAUCGAGGUGGUCAUCGGGGCCUUGGGUUUGCCUGGGGUCCUACUCAAAUACAUUGGGCCACUCACCAUCACCCCUACCGUGACCCUGAUAGGGCUAUCAGGCUUCCAGGCGGCUGGCGAGAGAGCGGGCAAACAUUGGGGCAUUGCCAUGCUGACGAUAUUCCUGGUGCUGCUGUUUUCUCAGUACGCGCGGAACAUCCAGCUGCCGCUCCCCGUCUACAAAUCCAAAAAAGGCUGGACGUCGUACCGCCUGCAGCUCUUCAAGAUGUUCCCAAUCAUCAUGGCUAUCCUGGUGUCGUGGUUUCUUUGCUUCAUCUUCACGGUGACUGAUGUGUUUCCUCCUGAGAAGGACAAAUACGGUUUCUAUGCCCGAACAGACGCUCGACAGGGCAUCCUGGCAGCCGCUCCAUGGUUUAAGAUACCCUACCCCUUCCAAUGGGGUCUGCCCACAGUGACCGCAGCAGGGGUGAUCGGGAUGCUGAGUGCCGUUGUUGCCAGUAUUAUUGAGUCCAUUGGGGACUAUUAUGCCUGUGCCCGUCUCUCUGGUGCCCCUCCACCUCCUAUACAUGCCAUUAACAGAGGGAUCUUUACAGAGGGCCUUUCCUGUGUUCUUGAUGGAGUCUUUGGCACUGGAAAUGGCUCCACAUCUUCCAGCCCAAACAUCGGAGUGCUGGGCAUCACAAAAGUGGGCAGCAGGAGGGUCAUCCAGUAUGGUGCAGCAUUUAUGCUACUGCUAGGAAUGGUGGGUAAAUUCAGCGCUCUCUUUGCAUCGCUGCCGGACCCAGUCCUUGGAGCUUUAUUCUGCACACUAUUCGGCAUGAUCACCGCCGUUGGCCUCUCCAACCUGCAGUUUGUGGAUCUCAACUCGUCCCGCAACCUGUUUGUCCUGGGCUUCUCGAUCUUCUUCGGCCUGGUUCUGCCCAGUUACCUUAAAGAAAACCCUCUAGUCACAGGUAUAGUGCAGAUUGAUCAAGUGCUGAAUGUUCUUCUUACGACUGCCAUGUUUGUCGGAGGUUCAGUGGCUUUUGUGCUGGAUAAUACUAUUCCGGGCACCGCAGAGGAGAGAGGCAUCCGUAAGAUGAAUCGUGGAAACAGCUCAUCUAAACGGGACCGGAUGGAAUCCUACGACCUUCCAAUUGGUAUGGACUUCCUGCGGCGCCAUCGCAUUUUCCAGUACCUUCCAAUCAGCCCAACUUUCGCCGGCUACCAGUGGAGCAUCUUCACCCACAGCUGUCGAAACAGAAGAGACGAGAGCAUGCCAGCCAAACCAGAACUGGGAGAAAGCGGAGUAUAGUGUUUAACACCACCCUAUUCGGUAGGUUUUUAGACAGUCAUCGCGAGGCUUCAUUCCACCCAGUCAGUGAAAAUCUGCAGUCCAGUCCUUAAAUACACAACCAGCUUCAGACUCUUUCAUCCUUUAAAAACUCUCCCUUUUGAUCGACUUGUCUUCAAACACUAAAGAUGGUUUCUUGAGCGGUUUCGGAGCGGAUCUGAAAGUGUCCCAAUGACAACAGCAAGUGGAAGCAAUGCAGUUAUACACGUUCGUCUCUUUAUGUGGGAGGACGUGGCAACACAGAUUGAUGGAAAACACUUUAUAAAAUCCUCUGCAUUUCCAAUAUCAGUGUUCCUUUCUUUGGCUGACCUGCACUGCUCCGUCUGGUAUGUCAAUAAUCGGAUGCGUUUGACGAUAAAUGACGUGCUAAUGAGCGCCAUUGUCACACAUGCCCGUUCACAACAAGCCCACACUCGCUUUAUGCAUGGCACAGUUCUGGAACAAAGUGGAUCGCAAGGUUUACUUAGUGAUGCAAGGUUAUUGUGCUUUAUGUUUGAAUUGCACUGCUUGAAUUAACGCACAAAAUGUAGUUUGCUCGUUCGUGAUUUUAACCUCCAGAAAUGUUUAUGAUUUUAAAGGGUUAGUUCAACAUAAAGGGAAAAUUCUGUCAUUUACUCACCUUUGUUUUGUUUUAGAACAAAAAUUACGAUAUUUGUAAUGAAACAUGAGAUAUUUUGCUUCUCAGUUGUAACUGAUCCAAAUUUCGAUAUUCAAAAUCAUCAGAAAGACAAACUAAAAUUAAUACAUGGUCCGUUUAAUCACAAUUUUAUGAGUUGAUAAAGUCUUUGUGUGGUGGAAAUAACUGAUUUUCGCCUCUAAAUUGUAUCUGAUCCAAGUUUGAAAAACAUCUUCAGAUCGACAAGCUAAAAAUAAUACAUAAUGGCCAGUUUGAUCACAAUUUUUUCAGUGGAUAAAAGUAUAUGUGUGUGGGCGAAAGAAUAACGAAGAAAAAAGCAUUUAGAGCGUUCUGAAAAUGAACGAAAUCUGUGGCGUUUUAAAUGACAUGAGAGUAAAUAACAGAAUUUUCUCUUUUUAGGUGAACCAAGUCCCAAUGCCUUAAAAUGAUUCAUUCACUCAAGUUUAUGUCGUUAGUUAGCUGCUAUUUUGAUAAAUAGUUCUUGAAAAAUGGGGGUGUUUCUUAUCAUCAGUAAUAAAUACUGUUUGUGCCACCUUGAAUUGCUAGUUUCAGAGGCGGACGCAAGUUAAGGAAAGCUAUGCAGUAGGUAAAAUGAAACACAGAUUAAAAAACGAAUGUAUAAUCAGUGCAUGGUUUGCAAAAGAAGGAAGACUGGAAGGGAAAAACUUGAGAAUGAUUGCACUCAGGUCUUGUUGAAAGACGGUAGGGAAAUGUUUUUUAACAGUUCUAUUGAGCUCAGUUCUGGGCGACACAUUUUUUUUGGUCUGUUGUUUGUUUGAUGUAGGUGACGCUUCCUCACCGUUGUUCAAGUGAAUGUGGUUUAUAAUUUAGAUCCCACAAGCACUGCAGAUGUGAUUUGUUUGUGAGGAAGAGUGGAAUUUAGUGGGCAUUUAUAGAGGGCGGCAAUCUUAACGCCAAAACCUGGAAGACUAAUACGCUGUUGGUUACCUCAGUAUGUCCUGUGGGUUUUAAUAAUGGGGCUUUUAAGUUCAUGAGUGAAAUACAUUCUGUUAAACAUAACUCGAUGAUGCUUGGAUGUUUUGCUCAACAAAAUGAAUGACAGACAUCAGUACCAAAUUUAUCGUUAUUUUUUUUAAGGUAUGUUUCUAAAUAUGUAUGUUUUGUUAGUUGAUUGUGUUCAUUUGUAAAUUGUUCAGCAAAACAUCUUCACAAAAAUGUAUCUUCAAGUCACAUUUACCACAGACCUUAUUUGGAUAAAUUAAUUUAGUAAAAGUAAAGUUAUCUUGUCUUCAUUGACUGUUGAUAUUGUUAGCUUUUAGACUUACAUCCCUGCUGAAAAAACCACUACACUAAACCAGCCUGGUUUUAGAGGCGUUUUUGUCGUUUUCAGGCUGGUUUCAGCCAUUUUCAACCUGGUAUUAGUUGGUCAGGCUGGGAGAUGACAUUUUAGCCAGGUUGGGAGCCUAUCCAAAACCAGCUAUGUCCAGCUUAAAACAAGCUGAUCAAGCUGAUUUUAGCAGGUCGUUUCCAGCCUGACCAGCUAAGACCAGGCUGGAAAUUGCAGAAACCAGCCUGGAAAUGGCUAAAACUCCUCUAAAACCAGGCUGGUCAAACAGCUAAAACCAUUCAACCAGCCUAGGCUAGUUUAAGCAGUUUUUUUUUUUCAGCAGGGUUUCACUUCAACCGGCAAAUAUACACUAAUUGUAAGAAACUAGUUUAUGCCCACAUUAUCCCUAUUAGCUUUUUGCUUAACAAUUUGUGGUUAAUAAAACGCCACAAAUACAGCAUGUGUUUUUUUUUUUUUAGAAUUUGUGUUUGUUAGAAUUAUCCAAAUUAAGGUUGAUUAGAAAUGUGGGACAAUUUAGAGUUCACGUUCUAUCUUCACUGAGGUAAAUUUAUCUGUUGUGUUCAUCAACUGUCGAUUAGUGUCAAAUUAGCUUUACUAGCUAGCUAGUAACAUCACAGUUCACUCUGAAAAAAUGACAAAAAUACAAUUUCUCUGAGGUAGAUAUAUCUGUUGUGUUCAUUGACUGAUUAUUAGCAGCCCGUUAGCAAUAUUUGCUAAUAGCAUUACAGUUCAUUAUGUUGCACAAUGGAAAAGAAUAGAAAAUGAGACAAAUCAAGGUUAUUUAUACUUGUAACAUGAAUUAGAGUCCACAUACUAUCUUCUCUCGGGUAAAUUUGUUUGCCAACUGACGAUUAUUGUCAAUUUAGCCCUAGUACCUAGCUAGUAACAUCACCAUUCACACCGACUCGCCCAGAAACAGCACACAAAUUGAUUCCAUAUGACACCAAAAAUAUGAUUAAUUUAAUUUCUCUGAGGUAGAUAAUAUCUGUUGUGUUUGUUGAUUGUUGAUUAUUAGCACCCCAUUAGCAAUGUUUGCUACAAGCGUUACAGUCCAUUAUGUUGCACACUGGAAAUGAAUUCAAACAGAGAAAUCAAGGAAAAUUACAAAUGCACCUCAGUUUAGGGUUCACAUACUAUCUUCUCUGAGGUAAAUUUAUGUUUGCCAACUGUUGAUUAGUAUGAAAUUAGCUAAUAUUGUCACAGCUCACUCUGACUCACCCAGAAACAGCACACAAAUUGUGAGAAAUCAGAAUUAAUAGAAAAAAUACAAUAACUUAAUUUCUCUGAGGUGGAUAACAUCUGUUGUGUUAGUUGACUGUUGAUUAUUAGCACCCCAUCAGCAAUGUUUGCUAUGUUUGCCUAUUAGCAAUGUUUGCUAAUUGUGUCAGUUCGUUAUGUUGCACACUGAAAAAGAAUAGAAACUGAAAGAAAUCAAGUUUAAUUGUAAAUGGGGCACAAAUAAGAGUCGACAUACUAUAUUUUCUGAGGUAAAUUUAUCUGUUGGGUUCGUCACAACAUUAUAAACCGCUCCGUAAAGGAACUACAUGUACAUGUAUGCUUUUUAGGGGCAUUGUUUUUCCCCCGCCUCAUAAACUGAAAACCCCAUUAUAUUUUUAAACAAAUUACGAAGAAACUAGAGGCAAAUUAGUCUUUCAGGUUUUGAUGUCACAUCCGCAACACUCUAUCUGCACCCUCUGAGACUGUAUUAAAUACUAUUCUACAUUAUCACAAGAAAUACUAAUCGUUGAUAUUUACUUUUAACUAUAUUUUCUCGUUUUUGGUUUACAGAUAUUUUAGAAUCUUCACAAAAAUCAAAGGAAACAAAGUCUUUAAAUGUACACUAUCAGUUAUUGUUACACCUUCCGUGAUAUCAUGAAAGGUCACGAAAGAGCCUUGUUUGGUUGAAAAUGUGUGCAGUUAUUCUUUCACCUGUGCGAGAACCUCAUUUAGAUCUCCGUCUGGUGGUCACGUGUGUUUCACCAUCCACAAUUCAGAUUGAGCUUCUCUUCUUGGUGUAUAAUUUAUUUAUUUAUGUGUACUAUGUCUACUAUCUCUUUGCUACCUGUAAGAUUGUUGAAAGCUAGACGUGUGAUUCUCCACUCUAAGGUUUAAAGUUGCGAGUGUGUUGCAGCUUGGUGCAAAAAGACAUUUCUAUAACCAGUCUCAAUAUUUACAACAUAACCGGUGCUUCCUCAGAAGGUCAUUCCAACUAACAUGUUUGAGAAGUUUUUUUUUCUCUCUUUCUCUCAUUCUAGCUGACUGUAAUACAGCCUUCUGGUCUGCUGUUGGAUUUGUUUGGGUGUUUUGGGUCAGAACACUCAUUAUGCAAGGACCAUUUACCUUUCUAACACAAUGCUACAACAGUUACAUUGAUUUUAGCCUUAUUUUACACGUUUUUAAAGAUGUUCUGUGCAUUACAGCACAAGAUGAUUUUAAUGCUUUUAAGAAUGUUUAAGGAAGAGUUCAACCAAAAAAGGAAAGUUGAAUCAUCAUUUACUUUCUCUGAUGUUGUUCUAAUGCUGUGUGUAGUUUUUUUUAAGUGAAUAGUGACCAGAAUUAAGAUUUUGAAUAAAAAUGCACAAAUUUAUUGUGCCAUGUAUUUCUAGUGUUCUUGUGGUAUACCAUAGAUAUUUACAUUAGAUUUCGCCUAUGCUGUUAUUGUCUAUUGGAAGCAAUGCCUUAAUAGAACCGCCAUUUUAGUACAGGGUAACGCUCCUUUGAAUAGAAAUGUAUUAUCCUCCCUCCCUGUUAAAAUUGAUCAGAUCCAUGUCCUGAAACACACCCCCUUUCAUGCUUUCACUUCUAAUUCUAACGAAGGGAGCAAUUCGUUUGUGAAUGAAUCUUCGUUAUGAACAACUCUUGUGAACCAUCGAUAUCCCUGCAUCUCAAUAUACAUAUCCACCUUUCUAAUCUAAAUUAUAUAUAUAAAAUUAGUAAUAUUCAAUAUUUUAGGGUGGACAGUAUGCACAUUGACGCGCAGGCACUGUUAUGUUAUCAGACACCCUUAUAAGUUACUUCAAAAACCAGCCAUUACAUCACUUAACUGACAAUAAUACAAGUUUCUGGCACCAGCGUCUUGUUGUCAUAUUGCAUUAACAUUGUUUGCUGAUGUUAUUCAACUAAACUAGCAUAAGCUUAUAGUUUAGUGCAAGUUGGUGCCACUGUGCCUUAUGGUCAGUGCAGAAAGUGACUGUAUUAUCAUCAAUAACGUUACUUGUUGAGCACAAAAGUUCAUAACAUACAAAAUCUUACCUAUGAAAUGUUCUGCCUUUAUGCUUUGUUUUCUUUGUUUGCUCGUUACUACACCAGUACGCAGUGCAAAACUCCAACAUCUUCACAUUGGCUUUAGUGUUGUCUAGUGUCGUUUAAUGACUUCUGUCCUGGAAGCACUGUACAAAUAUGGCGGUGUUAUUGGCGCAUGCUCAGGUUCUGUAUGGGAUAUCUAGUGUACAUAUCUAUGGUGGUAUACAAUAGAGUUUGGUGAACAGUAAACUGAAGUUGGAUGUGUUAUUUAGUGCCACGUUAGCAUUAUUAGCAAGCACGUCAUGAUUUUGCCAAGUAUGAUGCGAUCCUUAACAUCUAUGUUGAUCCUGAAACAUAAUUUUGUUCAAAAAUGUAAUCCAUACCUAUUCCCUACCCCUAUACCAACAAUAACUCUAAAUUAUUCCCAAAAUCAGAAGGGGAAUGAUGGUUGGAUAACAAUCAUGUAGAAGUGCAUAAACCGUAACUGUAAACUGUAAGCCUAAACUUUACAUAAACAGUGAACGUAUCCCUUAAUUCUGAUUGGCUGAUUGAAAUGUUGUUACAGGAUCAACAUAGAUGUUAAUCCAGAAACAUGUCCUACUUUGUGAAAACUUGUUGGCCUUAUUAUCAACUCAGUUCAGUCUGACUCCUCCUAAAAAAAACUCAAGAAAUCCAGAUUAGUAGAUAUUGUCACACAAAACACAACAUUUUACACAAACACUUUUUCCUGAAGUAAAUCGUUGACCAUUUGAGCCAAAUUAGUGUUAUUAGUGCUAAAGUUCAUUGAAAAGUAUUAGAAAAAGCACACAAGGUGUGAAAUCAAGAUUAAUAGAAACGCGACACAAUAUACAGUACUAUAAAGUUUGGUGAACAGAAUAUUAGUGGAUGAGUUCUUUACAUUUUGGACUUCAGGGCUUCGCAUGAAAUAAUUCACAAGUUUAGUCAAGAUUAAUAGAAACACGACACGCAAUACAUUACUAUAGCGUUUGGAGAACAGAAUAUUAGUGAAUGGGUUAUUUACGCUUUGAUCUUCAGUGCUAGCAUGACUGCUAGUGCCACAUUAGCUUUAUUAGCACCACAUUUGAAUCCAGAAAUAAGUACUCAAGUUGUAAGAGACUAACGUUAAAAUAAAUGUUAAAUAAUUCAUGGACUCUUGUUCUCUGAGGUAAAUGUGUCUAUUGUGUUCAUUGUUUGUCGGCUAUUCGAGCCACAUUUGUGCUAUUAGUGCUAAAGUUCACUCAGACUCGCAUAAAAAAACUCACAAGUUUAGUCAAGAUUAAUAGAAACAAAACACACAAUACAAUGUACUUCCUUCUCUGAGGUAAAUGUAUGUUGUGAUCACUGAACCUCAACCGUUAGAGCUAUAUUAGCAUUAUUAGCUGUUUAUGCUAAAUUGUACUCCUACUUGCACAGAAAUAAGUCACAGUUGUGCAAAAACAAGAUUAUUAUAGAAACAUGACACAAAAUCCAAUUCAUGCUUUCCUAAAUAUAUCUAAAACAGGUAAAUAUAUCUCUUAUGUCCAUAUUUUGUCAGUUAUUAGCUUAGCUUUUAUCAUUUAGCUUUAUUAAAGUUUACUCUUUUUGGCGGGCCUUUUAGCCAUUGUGAUAAUGUCCCAUGUUUGAGUACAAACUGCAAUGGUCUAGGCUGAAAUAUAUUCAUGAUUUUUUUUUUAUUUUUUUAUUUCUACUAAACCCUAUCAUAACCCCCCAGAAUACUUAGGCUAUGUGCUUUUUUUUUUUUAUAAUGCUUAAUGCUGAUAUUACACAAAGGCUUCUGGAUUAAAAUCCCUUUUUGUGGUCCAAAUUGAUGCAUACAGUAUUGGAACAACACCAGGGUGACUAAAUAGAAUGAUCAUAUUUUAUUAGUAUUAGUUAAUUAGCUAGUUGUUUUCAUUUAAUUUUUAAUUAUUUUGGUUGAACCAACCUUUUAAAUGACAGUAUUUGGGACCUAAAAGCGAUAUCUGAGUGCUGCAUAAAUAGUGAACGUUUAUGUUUAGAGCUGUAGUUUUCCAGAACAACAUUCACUUCCAUCAUAAGGAAUCCAUUACUACAACACGUUUUUUUUUGUUCUUCAAUAGAUGUUAUCCAGACAUUCAACACUCUGAAAUGUGGGUUAACGAUUGUUUGAGAAUCCAAAGUUAAUGCAACUGAGAAAGUGUGCAGUUAGCCUCGAAAUCUCUUCCCUUUCACGCCGACAGUGCUUGCAGUGGUGUCAAAUCCUCAUCAAUGAAACACUUUCAUCCUUAAAUAGUUUCUUGUAAUGUUCUUAAAAACAGAAUAUGACCUAUUAUGAAGACCUGUCUCAUCCUGUGCUGUUUUGUUUAUCUGUCACUCAUAAAGGUUUCUAUGGAAGUAACAUACGUGUAUACAUAUUUGUGACAUACAGUAAUUAUGUGGAAAAAAACGAGCAUUUAACUUUUUUUUGGUCAAUAUUCAUGUUAUUAUUAACAUUUAAACAUCAUUGAUGCGAAUUCUGGUUUUGAUAAUGGACAUUUUGUUAACUCAAGCUGUCGACUAUUACGAUAUCGCAGUUUCUGUUGAGAUUUGCAGGUUUCGAUUGAUCUAAAUAAUAACAUGUUGAUGUUAUUCAAAGCUUCAGUUGUUUUGAAGGGAUCGAUCUGAAAAGAAUACUAAGUUUUUCAGAACUGUAAUAUCUUUUUAAAUGUUUAUUUUUGUUUUUUUUUAUAUCCAUCAUUGUGUUUUUAAAGACAAAAAAAUGCAUAUAAUCUUAAAUCAUCAUGCUGCAAAGCGCACCAUUUUGUUACGUUUUUAUUUAAGAGUAAAGCAAAUUCUCUUUUUUUGUUUGUCUUUUUUGAGAUCUGUAGUUUAAUUGAAUAUUUUUGUUAACUAGACUGUUUUCAUAUUGUAUUUUUCUAACAUUACUUCCUGUUCAUGUUAGUAGUACAAAUUUAGAAAGUGGUGCAAUGCACUGAAACUAUAAAUAUAUGAAUAUAAAUCUCUAUAAAGUGCAGAAUGUGCUAUAUUCUUGGACCAGCCAUCGCAGCUCCUGUUAGUAGAAACAGCAGAUAUUGUUUUGUUCCAUGAUCCUAAAGAUAUUUAAUAAGAUGUUUCUGAGCAAAUC